AGAAGAGAGAGUUGAAUGAUUGCUAUGGCGGAGGAAGAAGAGAACGGGGUGUCGAUUGAACUCGAAUUCCCGAAGAGUCGGGUUAAGAAGAUCAUGACGCUGGACAAGGAUGUGAAGAGAGUGAGUUCAGAAGCGUUGUUCCUGGUGUCGCGCUCCACAGAGUUGUUCCUCCAAUUUCUGGCUGAAAAAUCUGCCAAAGUUGCUAUUGAAAAGAAACGGAAGACCGUGAAUCUGGAACACGUGAGAAUGGCCGUUAAGAGGCACCAGCCAACCAGGGAUUUUCUCCUCGAUGAUCUUCCGCCUCCGUCUGAGCCCGCCAAACCCGAUGGGCCCGCCAAGCCCGUGGUUCGGCCCAAACUUGAUGCUGCGCCGUCUGGUACUCGUCGCAUCGAUCAGUUUUUCCGAAAGCCAGAGCCUCAAAACCCAUCCCAAGCUCAAUCGCCUGAAAAUCCAGCCCAAGCUCAAUCGUCUGAAAUUCCUGCCCAAGCUCAAGCGCCCGAAAUACCUUCUCAAACUGAAUCGCCUGAAGUUCCUUUUGAAACUCAAUAGCCUGAAGUUCCUUCUGAAACUCAAUCGCCUGGAGUUCCUUCUGAAACUCAAUCGCCUGAAGCUCCUUCUCAAACUCGAUUGCCAUUACCCGUAGAUGAGUCUUAGGGUUAUGUUUGUUUAUACUCGCAAUUAAGAUUUUGUAUCCGAUCAUAAUCAGGUAUAACAUUUAACAUUUAACAAUGCGGAAGAGGGAUUAUAAUUAGUUAUGUAUGAAGAUUGUUUGGUUAUUGAUAUAGUUUUUGUUUGUAUUCUUGACUUGAAAUAUAUAUUUCUUUUGUGGU